CUGCGUUUAUCCGCACUUGUAUCUUUUUCUGCACCGAGAAAAAGAGGUACCCUGGGUUCGCAUGUGUUUUCUAUUGCCAGGUCUAUUCUGUUCAAAACGGAAUGGGCUUGACAACUCCAAAGAGGCGGAAGCAGUAUCUUGAGCCGCAAAAAAACUACGUUUUGCCGAAAACAACAAAAUGAGGAGGGCAGGGUCACAGAAAGCGACAGUUCAAAAUAAAGAAUCGCACAGUCAAACGGAUGUUACGGUAACCACCAACGAGUCUGUCCACCCAGGCUGUAGUAAUUCUCAAAGUGAGGUAUCAUCUGAAGAAAGACACAGCGGCAGCCUGUCUGCUGAAGAAGCUGAUGUCGGGAAUCCCUCCAUUGCGUCUCCUUUGGCUGACUGUGUGCCCUCUGAGACGGAGCCUGACACCAGUGAUAUUGAGCCACAAGAUGGUUUGGGAAGGUCUUACAGUGACGAAAUUGAAAAUGAGGAUGAUCUUGCCUCACAGGACGAGAGAGCCUCACAGUGCUCAGAUAUUACCAAUCAUUCCGCCGAGCUCCACACAUCAUGUGAAGAAUCCAGUGAGGCUUCUACCGACGAGGACGAUAGUGAGUGCCCCGACUACCAUGAUGUUGACAGUGAGUUUGAGAACCCUUUUCAAGGACAAGACCGUACUUGUGACUCAGGUGUCACUACAGGAGAGGCCCUGGCUCUGAUAAUCCUCUUUGUGUUGAGGCACAAUCUCUCUGAGGUGGCUCUGAAGGACUUGCUUAUUUUGGUGAAUUCUCUUUUCGGCAAGUGCGUGGUGCCGACCACAAUUCACCUGUUUCACAGUGCAGUGAAGUUCACAAAGAAUUUCAAGACAUUUUAUUACUGUAUCGCAUGUUGUAAUUUUCUCAGUGUGACGAAGAAAACAGGAAUAUGCAGCGUCUGCAACAGGUCUUUCCAAACCAGUGACAGAGAUAACGUAGCGAUGUUUCUCAGCAUGUCUUUGAAAUCGCAACUAAGAGGACUGCUAGAAAACAUGACCAACUUUGACUUCUUAGCGGAGAGGUAUAGCAGGAGACCAGGAACUCUGUCUGACAUCUAUGAUGGGCAGUGUUACAAGCAUUUGGUUAAGGACUUCUCAUGUCUUGGUAACCCACUUAACAUAUCGCUCACGAUGAAUGUUGAUGGAUGCCCUGUCUUUAAAAGUAAGCACUGUUCGAUCUCGCCCAUCCAACUGAUCAUAAAUGAGUUGCCUGUUUUUGAACGCUUCAGAAAUAUUCUUGGAGGGAUAUGGUUUGGUAAGGGAGAACCUAACAUGGAAAUCUACCUAAAGAGCUUUGUGCAACAGUGCAAGCGCCUGGCAGAUAAAGGUUUUCGGUGGAUGAAAGAUGGUGUGCAAGUUGUAAGCCGAGCCUUCGUUAUCUGCUGCACCGUUGACUCUGCUGCAAGGCCAUUGCUGCAGAAUAUGAUCAAGUUUAAUGGGUUCUACGGUUGCAGUUGGUGCCUGCAUCCUGGGUGUACUGUUAAUGGGGAGGUACGCUAUACAGUAGCUACACAGGUAUAUGAGGAGAGGACAGCGGAGACAGCUGUGAGGUCAAUGACCCAUGCAGCAAGACAGAAGGUCAUUUGCUUUGGCUACAAAGGUCCUUCUGUUUUGCUCAAUCUGCCAGCCUUCAACGUUGUCCAUUCCUUUGUACCUGACUACUUGCAUAGUGUACUCCUUGGUGUAACAAGAACCAUGAUGAAACUUUGGUUCGAAGGAAAAAAUAGCAAUGAAUGUUUUUAUAUCGGGACCCCAUCUCUAGUGAGCCUUAUCGACUCGCGGAUGCAGAAGAUAAGGCCUCCAGCUACGAUAGGCCGCUGCCCUCGUGGCGUUUCUGAGAGAGAACUGUGGAAGGGGCAAGAAUAUCGUUCAUGGCUUCUUUAUUACUCUCUGCCAGUUCUAAAUGGUAUUUUGCCCCGAUCAUACCUGUUGCACUUAGCGUUAUUGGUACAAGCAGUUUUCUUCCUUCUGCAAGAAUCUUUGUUCGGAACAGACCUCAACACUGCAGAGGAGCUCCUAAAUGAAUUUGUUGUGAAAUAUAACAUGUUGUACGGAGAUUAUAGUAUGGUUUACAAUGUACACCUGUUGCUCCACCUGGCAAAGGGCGUCUCACAGUGGGGUCCCUUGUGGACUCACUCGACAUUUGUGUUUGAAUCCUAUAAUGGUACGCUCUUGAAGUUUAUAAAAGGUAACAGGGGUGUAGCUCAGCAGGUUUUGCAGAAAGCAGCGUUAAAGCAGUCGCUGUUCAGUUAUGCCCAGACAAAGGGAUCUCGUGUACUGAAAGCCUACAUAUCAGCCCUCACAGCUGAAAAGAGAUCUACAUGUGCAAUGCAGGUGUCCGGGGUGACGUUGCUGGGAAAAGGCAGAGCCUCAAGGUGCACACCAGACGAAAGAACUUUCUUACGCACAGCCUUAGGACGGUCCCCAGAGCAGUUGACAUUUUUUUCAAGAAUCAUUGUGAACAGAAAAGUAUAUCACUGCACAGGGUACACACUGGCAAAACGAACAGAUGACUGUGUUGUAAUCUUGAAUGAUGGAACAUAUGCAAGAAUACGAUUAAUCUUUGUGUACAGGGAGAAUGGGCACCAAGAGACAGCCAUGCUUGUACAAGAGUUUCUGCUAUUCCAGAUACAGUUUUGUGGCUUGAGAAGCAUGAGGAAAGGGGUUUUUCCGGUUAGUGCCAUAGUUGGGAAAGCUAUAUCCGUGACAGUUGAUGGCAUCAGCUAUGUAUCUAGGAUUCCGAGCAGCUGUGAAGUGAAUUAA